AUCUUUUCAAUCAGGGAGUGUGUGGAAAAUAGUGCCAACAAAGAUGGCACUCAGUCAGGACACUUUGGUGGUGAUGAUGCUACUACAUGGAGUAAUGGGCACCAUGAUCAAGCUCAACAAAGGUGGCUUUGAAGACAUUGUUAUUGCAAUUAACCCAAUGAUACCUGAAGAUGACAAAAUUGUUACCAGCAUAAAGGAUAUGGUUAAAGAAGCAUCCACUUAUCUUAUCACUGCUACGGAACAAAGAUUUUACUUUAAGUCUGUAAAAAUUAUAAUUCCAUUGACAUGGACACCUAAAGCCGAGUAUAAAAGAAUAACAAGAGAAUCCUAUGAAAAAGCCGAUAUCAUAGUAGCCAAUCCUUACUUGAAAUCUGGAGAUGAUCCCUACACCUUGCAGUAUGGCGAUUGUGGGAUGCCAGGUCGAUACAUUCAUUUCACGCCAAAGUUCCUGACAGAUAACAGUUCACAUAAUGUUUAUGGCUCUCGAGGCAGAGUCCUUGUCCACGAGUGGGCUCAUCUCAGAUGGGGUGUUUUUGAUGAAUAUAAUUAUGAUGCUCCUUUCUAUGUUUCUGAGGAAAAGACAGUUGAGGCAACAAGAUGUUCAGCUAAUGUCACUGGUAUAUACCUAUUUCCAACUGGACCAGGACAACACAGAGAUUGCAAAUUUCAGUAUGGCACUCAGAUGUAUGAACCUGGAUGUCAGUUUAUACCACAUAAAUCCCAAAGCACUCCAGUGUCUAUAAUGUAUAUGCAAAGUCUGUCUUCUGUUACUAUGUUCUGUAAUAAAAGCAAUCAUAAUAUCAAAGCAACAAAUAUGCAAAACAAAUUGUGCUCAUAUAAGAGUACGUGGGAAGUAAUUAUGAACUCCACUGACUUUGCCAAUUCAUCUAUACUAAAUACUCCUCUGCCUGACCUGACUAUCACCUUGUUGCAAACACAUGACAGAGUCGUCUGUUUAGUGCUUGAUGUUUCUGGAAGCAUGAGUGAGUAUAAUCGUAUUGGUCGCCUAAAGGAAGCUGCUGAAUUGUUCCUCCUUCAGAUAAUUGAAACUGGUUCCUGGGUUGGAAUUGUAACAUUUCAAAGUGCUGCCAACGUUAAGACUGGCUUGCGACAGAUUGUCAGUGACAACGUCCGCAAAGAUCUUGUGAAAUAUUUGCCUACCACAGCUGGUGGAGGAACUAACAUUUGUGCUGGAGUGCUUGAAGGAUUUCAGGUGUUUAGAUCAAAAUAUCAAAGUACUGAAGGGUGUGAAAUUGUGCUCUUGACAGAUGGAGAAGACUCAGGAAUACGAUUUUGCUUUGAUACAGUUAAAAGUAGUGAAUCAAUAAUUCACACCAUUGCGUUGGGGCCAAGUGCUUCAAAAGACCUAGAAAUGCUGUCAAACAUGACAGGAGGAUUAAAAUUUGCUGCCACUGAUAGUUUGGAUUCCAAUGGCCUGAUGGAUGUUUUCAGUGGAAUUUCAUCAGGAAGUGGAAAUAUUUCUCAACAGUCUAUUCAGAUUGAAAGUAAAAGUCACAAGGUCGAUGCCAAGAGAUUUCUUACUGGUACUGUAUUCAUCGAUUACACUGUAGGAAAUGAUACUUUUUUUGUUGUUACAUGGAAAGAAAGCAAACCUAGAAUUCUUCUGACGGAUCCAAAAGGAAAAACAUAUGAUGAAUACAAUUUUGCAGUUGACAGCACCAAUCAUAAAGCAGCUCGGCUUAAGAUUAAUGGGACCGCAGAGGUGGGAGAUUGGUCUUACAUACUUUUCAAUGAACACUCAGGGGCUCAGGUGCUAACAAUCACAGUAACUUCCCGACCGGCAUCUCUAACGGAACCUCCAGUAAUUGUGAAGUCCUACUUGAGCAGAGAUGCAAAUGCUUUUCCCAACCCAAUCAUUAUUUAUGCAGAAGUCAGUCAAGGACUUUUGCCAGUACUUGGUGCAAAUGUUACGGCCACAGUUGAAUCAGACUCAGCAAGUGAAGAGCUAGAGCUUCGGGACAAUGGGCUUGGUGCAGAUAUUAUCAAGAAUGAUGGAAUCUACUCAAGAUACUUCACGUCAUUCAAAGAAAAUGGUAGAUACAGCAUAAAGGUACAUGCCCAAGGGAGAGAUAGGACCAGCCGACAAACCCACCGACAGAAUCAAGCUCUAUAUGUCCCAGGCUACGUAGAAAAUGGUGAAAUAAAAAUGAAUGAACCAAGACCAGAAGCCAGUGACAAUGAUACCCAAGCAAACCUUGGAAAAUUCAGCAGAAUUGCUUCAGGAGGUUCUUUUGUAAUGUCAGGAGUGCCUCCUAAUCCUCCAGAUCACUUUCCACCAUCUCGAGUCACUGAUCUUGAAGUAAAACUCAAUGGUGAGGAUGGAUUCCUUUUGUCAUGGACGGCUCCUGGAAAUGAUUAUGAUAAAGGAAAAGCUGAAAAAUAUGAAAUAAAAAUCAGUGGAAAUCCUGCAGAGUUAAGAGAUACUUUUCACAGUGCUAUUUCUGUGAACACAUCUGAUCUGAAACCUGAUGUUGCUGGGGUCAAGCAGUCCUUUCAGUAUAAAUUGGAAAACUUCACAAACGAAAAUGGCACCACAGUUUACUUUGCCAUUCGUGCCACUGAUGGCAGCAACAAUGUUGGAGAAGUAUCUAAUAUAGCAAGAGCAGUUGUGCUUCUUCCUCCAUUUUUCUCUACUCCUCCCAGUCCAACCGAUACUUAUAGCUCUACUCGUCCCAGACCAACCGAUACUUAUAGCUCUACUCGUCCCAGACCAACCAAUACUUAUAACUCUACUCGUCCCAGUCCAACCGAUACUUAUAGCUCUACUCGUCCCAGACCAACCAAUCCUUAUAACUCUACUCGUCCCAGUCCAACCGAUACUUAUAGCUCUACUCGUCCCAGACCAACCAAUCCUUAUACCACAAACGCCACUGUUAGUGUGGAAGUUCCCAAUAAUGAAAUCAACCAUGGGAUAAAUAAUGUGACUUUAAUUGUUAUCAUAGUAUGUGCUGCUCUAAUUAUUAUUUGUGGUUGUAUAUGUAUAACUAUUUGUGUUUUAUAUAAGCAAAAAAAAGUAAAUCCUGAAACUGUAAUGUAAGAAGUAGGAAUUCAAAACAAUAGAAUGGAAAGAGAAAUAAACACAAUCUGUGCUAGUUAUGUGGACUUUCAACACACCUCUCUGUAAGUAUGUGUAUUCUGAAGAUCAGUUAAUAUUCUCUGUCAUAGACAUAGAUUUCUGCAGUACAUUGAUUUUAAUUCUAAAAGGAAAGGAAGUUGAGUCACACUCCUCAGCCUUUAUUGGAAGAGGUGAGUCAAAAUAAAAGCAAGUUAGAAAUACGUAACAGCCAUAUAUUUUUCCAUAUACUUUCAUUACAGUAUUUGCACUACUCCAUUUACCUACUCUUUCUUUUACCUUUACUGUAAAAUUAACAUCUAGCCAAUCUAAAAUUGUUUAGCAACCUCAAUGGCAGCAUUACUAAUUUCUUCUAUACUAAUUAAUGAGAUUAAGUUCUAUGUUGGUAUUAGGUUACAAUGAAAUUACUGUAAUUGAGUCUGGUUCAGCUUUACACUAAAAGUCUUUUUUUUCCUGAGACAAGAAAGAUUAAAUCAACUUUCCUCAGACAGCUGCUACUUAGGUGGACUUGUUGAAUGGCUAAAGUGGCUACUUAUUAGAAAUUAGGGUUUUUUACAGUCCAAGGAAUCUGGAAGCAACAAGUUGGGGAUUUGGGGUGAAGUAAUUGAAGAACAAUGAGAUUUAUACCCAAUUCAGUAAAAUUGCCAAAUGCCGAUGUAUUAUAUUGUACCAUAAUGUUCCACACUGCAAGUUUAACUAUAGUGGAAGAUAGCCUAGCAAUUCUGGAAGAUGGCUACCAACAGGGGCAAAAUUGCUUUUCCAGUAUAUGAGUAUCAAGACUCAUGUGUCAAAAUACAUUUUUUUAACGCACAUGUUUAGUAGGGACAUAUUUUAGAAGAAUCAUUUGAGGGAAGACUUAAAUCUCCCAGCAUCACUGUGUGUUCUUAAUCAAACAUUGGACCCACAAGCCUACUGAAAGAUAACGAAACAAGAGAUAUCAGCUGCCUGCUAGGUAAUUAAUGUAAUAUUUAGUUUUACACACAGUGACAAUCCAGAUACUCCAAUCCUGGGUUCAGCUGGGCAGAAAAGCAUGAGAAAUUCUAGAUUAAAAAAAAAAAGGACCCCCUCCUCUGGCCACUUCAUAAAUGAAUGGGUUCAUUCUGGAAUUAGCCAAAUAGAUUUGAGGGACAGGGCCACGUUCUUAGGACUGAAACCUUAAUAAAACUUUUGAAAACAAA